AUGAAACCGAUCCAGCACCUCGGCGGCAAACAGUUCCCGUGGAAAAAAACCACGCGGACGGCGCAGGCUGGGAUUGUUGGCGCUCAUCUUCUCCUGCGCCGCCAUCCACCGCGCCACCUUGUGAAACUCCUCAUCCACGGCCCGGUUGAUGAGCCAAGAGGGUUUCCCAAAGAAGCAUCGGAUGCUGUUUAUCUGCCGAAUCAAAAGGACAUGGCGGAUCACAGGAAGCUGCAGCCACGGAGCACCGGGGAGCGGCUCGUAGCGACGCAACACGUCGAGGACCUCUUCCUUCGGGAUGUACUUCUUGUGUUUAUGCCGCCGUGCGAUCAUGAAAAGCUCAGCGUGCAGAAUCAAGCACGCCUUAUCAAAACGGAGCUUCUUUGGGAAGGUCUGCCGGUAAACAUCGCCGAUAAUUUGCAUGAAGGGCAGCACUGCAUCCAACUGAGGGUGCGAAGAGAAACGGGGCAAGAACGCACAUAA